GCCACUACGCAGCCAGACUGCGGACCGUCAGGGUUCAGGUCCUGAGUUUUCGCGUCGAGUUCCAAUCGCGCAACGUGCACGACCACGCUGCCGAGCAAGGACAACACACGAAGAGGAGUGAAUCGACCGCUUUCUCCGAGACACUGAACCCCUGCGGAAUCUGGAUCGUCGUUCGCAGUGUCGUUCGCAGAAGAAUUUUGGACUUGGAAUCGCCGGGAGACUCGAGCUAAUCAUCGGAGGAGGAGCCAGACAGGAUCGAAGCGAUCGACACUAUCUUUGCAAAGAUCGCUUGCGACGUGUUGGUGAAAAUCUAGAGUGUUUAUAGACCGGAGAGUGAUCAGGGAGUUUAAACUUGUAGCUGCGUGCGCCGACUUGUCCAGCCUAUCAGCACGUGGUCACAGGGGUGGGACUUCUUUUGGUGCGCCUCGCGGGACAGUUAAGCGCAGUGAACUCUGUGACAGUUGACCAGUGAAACGUGAGAUUGGGGAAUUACUGGUCGAGGAGUUGACUCUGUUGGCAAUUACGCCCAUUACCAGUCGCUCCAUUACCAGCUAUUUCAAAUCACCGGUGGCCGCCGCGACGAUCGUUCUGUUUUGCUUUGCAUUUACGACGUGAAUUAGGAGUAAAUGCGUGGAAACGUCAUAUUGCAACAAGUGCACGGAACAGGUGAAAUAAUAUUAAUUAGUCGGCGAUUAAAAGACUUGAUAUUGACGUGAGUGUUCGGACCGAUCUGUCGUCUCCGAGUAGACGCGCGAAAUUUCGGGUAAAAUACAUGCUAUCUUUAAACAAAAGAAAGCGAUGAGAUAAGGACUACGGCUCUAAUAAGCUUCUAAUUAUCGCGACAGGUGCGCUGAUAAUUACGACGCGCGAGUGAUCAUCAGGUGGACACGUCAGUGUUUUUCAACAGAAAAUUAUAUGUUACGGGCAGCAAUCACGAAGUGCAUGGUUUCACGCGCACAAAUAGAAUAAUUAAAAGCACAUUACGCGGAAAAGUGUGCUGUCUGUCGAUUAUCUGUCCGGUGACGCGUCGGAGCUAUCAAGGGUCGAACUAUCAUUUCGAAAUAUCAUUUCAUUCAAAACACUUCGUGUCAUCGAGAAAACAGUUAAAAAAUAUUGUCUUCCGCAUUUCUUUCAAUUAAACGAAUAUCAUCUUAAGAUCAUCGGAUACGAGACGAAGGCGUGGGAUCAAUCGAGUUUUAUCAAGUAGCGGACAAUUAACUGUUUGCUUCUUGAUCACUCCUAAUUACUCGCAAUUAUCCGUUGUAAUUAAGUAGGCUGAUGUCACCGGCGGCUGAUAUAUCAGUGAAUCGUUCGUUUCUCGACGUCGAUCCACCACUGCUCUCAGAACGGUCUGUUAAUAUUCGCUAUAGGAAAAUUACCGAAAGAUCGUGAAAUUCGCGAACGAGGUGAAGAGAGACGGUAGAAGGGGGAUCUCCCGAAGGGAAUUAAGACGGGUCUGCCGGGUGUAAACGGUAUCGGAGGAGGAACGAGAGAGGCAAGACAGACGGCUGAUCUACGAAGAUCGGCACGGAACCGCGACGGAAUUGCACCGUGGCGGUGGAGAUAAAUAACAGCCGCUAAAUAAAUCCGCGUCAGGACGACGUCCCAAAUACAUCAGUCACAGAUCGCCUCAGAUUACGAGUCCCCGGGAUGCAAGGCUGACAUGGCGGAGGGUUCGGCCGAGGAGGAACAGAGCAGUACCGCUGCGCCCGCUUCCCCGCCAGCUGAUCUUCGCACUCUGAACACCCAAUUGUCGCCGCCUUAUCACCACCAGUCCCAUCUCCAGCCUCGUCUUCAGCAUCUGCAGCAUUCCAACAUGCUGGCGACCGCCGUACCGCCCCGGCAUAGCCACAUGCUGUCUCAUCAGGUGAAAGCGGAGGCAGAGCUGGACGCCCCCUGCGAUGUGCCAUUGAAUCUCAAGAGCGAGGACAGCGACAGGAGUAGCGCUGGAAGUCCCGAACCAGCGACAGGUGGUGGUGCACUCCACGAACAUCAAAUGAUGAUAGAUGACAUGAAGAAUUCACGGAAGAGACGACGGAGCCCGUCACCCGAAAAUCUUCAUCAAGCGAAACGUGCGGCGGUUGCACAAGCUCACCUAAACGGGACAAUGGCCGGCAUGGUGACACUACAGAAUCUUCAGAACUUAGCGAAUUUGCAAAAUCUUCCUCAAGUCGCGUCAUUGGCCGCCGGUCUUCAAGGAAUGACAGCGGGAUUAACUAAUAAUCAGUUGAUCAAUACUCCGUUAAAUUUAACCGUCAGUUCGUCAGGCGGAACCGUACCAACAGCCUCGAGUACGACGGCAGCUCCCCACCUUUUGCCACCUAGUUCAGCCCCAAUGGCAACGUUACCUCAGCUAUUAUCUCAACCGCAACCGGUCGCGAUGCCUCAAUUCAUCCUAACGUCCGGUCAAUUGGUUCAAGGCAUUCAAGGAGCUCAGCUUCUUAUCCCCACUUCGCAAGGAAUCGCUACCCAAACCAUCUUGACCAUACCGGUCAGUCACGUCACGAAUAAUCAAAUGGUGAACUUGGCGCUCAGUAAUGGACAGGUCGUUUCUACGACACUGGCGAAUCUGCAAUCUCUAGCUCAACCGCAAAAUAUGCUUAAUACGCCUACGAGCAAUGUUCCCACGAGUCCCAGCCUGGCAUCGGGAUUAGGAUUGAACCCUGCCGCUUUACCGCAUCUUCUGAGCAAUAGCUCGGCGAGCCAACAACUUCUGAGCGCGAUGCAGCCUCAGCAACUGCUUCAGGCUGCCCAGGCGGCACAGGCGCAAGCAGCGCAGGCUGUACAGGCCGUUCAGGCUUCCCAACAACCGCUCUUAACGACAUCGCCUCAACAGCACAGCCACCGACACACCUCGCAUAUGAAUCAUUACACACCGACGGAAAAACAUCACAGAGAGAGACCGGAGCAGUCGUCGCCACUGAACGAAUCCGUGGUGUCCGCCGCAUCCGCUUUGAACAGAUUGGCCGCUAGCAACGGCGAGAUUACUAUCACGACGACGCAUGGACCCGGCGGUGCCGGGGUAAAGGCUUCUCCGAGCAGUAUGCACAGUCCAAAGGAGGAGGAGGACGAUCUCUUGAACGAUUCACCGAAUCAGCCAACGAUCAAUGAGGCGACUAACAACGUAGUCGAUGGGAUCAAUUUGGAUGAGAUUAAGGAGUUCGCUAAGGUCUUUAAGCUACGCAGAUUGUCUCUGGGUCUGACACAGACCCAAGUUGGACAGGCUCUGAGCGUCACUGAGGGCCCCGCAUACAGCCAAAGUGCCAUAUGCAGUGCCCUGGCUACCCAGAUGUACGCUGCCUCGCAGAUUGCCUCUCAGCAGCAAGCUACAUUUGAAAAGCUGGACAUUACACCGAAAAGCGCGCAGAAAAUUAAGCCCGUUCUCGAGAGGUGGAUGAAGGAGGCAGAAGAGAGUGCAUCUGAUUCCAGGUACAAGAGCGGCGUUAAUCAUCUGACGGACUUCAUCGGGGUCGAACCGAGCAAGAAGCGAAAACGGCGGACUUCCUUUACGCCUCAGGCUUUGGAAUUGCUGAACGCACACUUUGACAGGAACACCCAUCCUACUGGUAAUGAAAUCACCACUUUAGCGCAUCGACUAGGAUACGAUAGAGAGGUGAUAAGAAUCUGGUUCUGCAACAAGAGACAAGCUCUAAAGAAUACGGUGCGGAUGAUGUCGAAGGGCGUUGUAUAGGGAAGGACUACAUCUUCAUCCGAUCAAUCGAGCAACAUAUGAGAAAGGCUUCAAGCUACGGACGAAAAUGAUGAAAAAUCUGUUUCGUGAAAUAUUCCAAUCUCGCAUUUCUUCUAGCAUAAAUAAACAGUUCUAACGCGAGAACAACUUUUCGCGGUUUGUUACAAAAUAAAUAAGAGAAAGCGUUUGCUAAAAAGCCGCGUUUUAUCAAACUCGUUCUGGCACGAAGAGGUCGUUCUGGAUCGAAGCGAAGUCCUUCGAAUAUUGUGAUCGCAGGUGUAUACGACAUCUAUAUAUGUAAAUAGCUUUAAUCUACGAAUGUGAUGUAUACAUGAGUCGAAUAUCGAAAAUUGAUAAUCU